AUGGCUUCUUCUGUGCAUUUCAAGUUUAAGUCACAGAAGGAACCUUCGAGGGUGACCUUCGACGGUACAGGGAUUUCGGUCUUCGAAUUGAAGCGUGAAAUUAUCAGCCAAAAUAGAUUAGGCGACGGCACAGACUUUGAGUUGUCGAUCUAUAACGAAGAUAAUGGAGAAGAAUACGACGAUGACACCGCUAUAAUUCCGCGCUCAACAUCCGUCAUAGCACGUCGACUACCGGCAGCACGACCUGGGAAAGGCGGUGCUGCACGCUAUGUCUCCGGCAAGAUGCCCCUAAAUGCGCGGACUUCUACGCGGCCAGACUUACCUUCCGCAGCCCGGGGCACUUCGGGCACUGGCCAAAAUACGAUACCAGGACUGGACAACGCACAGACUGAAGAUGAGAAGAUUGAUGCGUUAUUCAAUCUUCAAGCGAAUCAGUGGAAAGAACAGCAGCAGGAAAUGGCAAAUGCAACCCCUGUCGCUUUUGGAAGAGGCCGUGGUAAACCUCUCAAUGUUCCGGAUCACCCACCGCCUCCGGGGUAUCUUUGUUACCGCUGCAGAGAGAAGGGACAUUGGAUCCAAGCUUGCCCAACGAACAAUGAUCCAAAGUUUGAUGGCAAAUAUCGUGUGAAGAGGUCGACAGGCAUUCCAAGGUCGUUGCAAACAAAGGUGGAGAAGUCAGCGGCUAUGGCUAUGGAUGGAUCUGCUGAGGAUUUGAAAACUUCUGGUGUUAUGGUAAAUGCCGAUGGAGACUUCGUCAUUGCACAGCCUGACAAGGCUUCAUGGGAAUUGUAUCAAGAAAAAGCAAAAGCAUCAGCCGCUGCCGCCGCAGAAGCGGCUGCUGCUGAGGGCAGCAAACAACUUCAAGCUAGAGGAUUAGAAUGCCCAAUUGAUAAGCGCAUGUUUUUGGAACCGACCAAAACACCAUGCUGCAAUCGAACAUAUUGCAAUGACUGUAUUACAAAUGCUCUCAUUGAAAGUGAUUUUAUUUGCCCUGGUUGUUCCACCGAAGGCGUGUUACUGGACAAUCUUUCGGUUGACGAUGAGGCAGCGGCUAAGAUCAAGGCCUUCGAAGCCGAAAAAGCCGAAGAAAAAAGAGAGAAAGAAAAGCAAGAGGAGGUUAAGGAGUCCGUUGAAAACGAUGAGCCAGAACCUGAAGAUACUUCCGUGAAGCCCGCUACAACAACAACUGUAGCUGUAUCUUCACCUAGUAUUCAGAGCACUACAAGCGCCAGCCAGAAUAAGAAAAGAACGGCAGAAGACGAGCCUGAAGUCGACAACUCUGAGAGACCUGACUCAUCAACGUCUUUUAAGAAGCAGAAGGCCGACGAUAAGGAAGAAGACGUGCAAACUCAGAAUGCUACAUUCGAGAGCAAUAACAUGGCCAACAUGAUGCCUUUCCCAGUGAAUCAACAAAUGCCUUUCACAAAUUCUGCAUUUCCCCAGCCUCAUGGUGUCAUGCCCAUGCCGUUCGAUAACAGCUUCAUGGCGGCAGGAGGCAUGAAUAUGAUGAACCCUAUGAUGAUGCCCAUGAAUAACGCAUUUCAGAAUCAAGGAUUUAACAACUGGAAUCAGAUGGCUGCGAAUAACUUCUCAUUCCCAGUUAACGGAAUGUUUGGAGACGGUGCAAUGAUGCCGGGCAAUAACUUUGGGCAGCUCAAUGCUUUCAAUCCGAUGCAAAUGGGCCAAACUGGGGCAUAUAUGCCUCCACAGUCCGGGUAUCAACAGCAGGGAAUGGGCAUGAACUCAUUCUCGAAUCAACAACGAAACAACUACAAGGCAGCCGGUGCUAGAGAUGAUGACAGCCCGUAUUUCCGCCAGCCUGUGAACCCUCACCGCCACCAAGCCAGGCAACGCCGGAUACGUCCAAGCGAUUACCGCGAGCUCUAG